GUUGUAGUUGACACAUGUGUAUUUUUUUCCCACCUAGGUAUGUUGAUGACGUGAUCAGCCGCAUUGACAGGAUGUUUCCCGAAAUGUCCAUCCACUUAUCCAGACCCAAUGGAGCAUCAGCAAUGCUUCUGGUGACCUUGGGAAAGGUGUUGAAAGUGAUCGUCGUCAUGCGGAGCCUGUUCAUUGAUCGAACAAUAGUAAAGGGCUAUCACGAGAAUGUCUACACAGAAGAUGGCAAGCUUGACAUAUGGUCCAAAUCCAACUAUCAAGUAUUCCAGAAGCUGCGUCCGCCUGGUGCCUGGAGUUCGGCCACGGGAAUUCGAAACCAGCAGUGGAGGAGUUGGGAGGCCAGGAGGGAAAACACAGCGAGUGACAGACCACGCCACCACUGCCCUGCUCCACUACCAGCUGCCCCAGAUGCCGGAUGUUGUGGUCAGAUCCUUCAUGACCUGGUUAAGGAGUUACAUAAAGCUAUUCCAGGCCCCGUGCCAGCGCUGCGGGAAGUUUCUGCAGGACGGCCUUCCCCCGACAUGGAGGGAUUUCCGAACCCUUGAAGCCUUCCACGACACCUGCCGGCAGUAGCCCCCACCCUGGCCGCAGCCUCAGACCCCACCCGGCACCUCCCCAGACACACAGGAAGCCCACGGAAGGCUCAGAUGGUUCCUCACCACCCAAAUCAGUACAGCCGCUCCUCCCUUUCAUAAAACAGCGGCAUGAGUGCUGAGGCUGAACCUCCUGAAGAGCAGAACCCUCUCUGUGACUGAUGGGACUAAUUAUUCCCACUAGCCAAUGGACUGAAGGCCAAGAAGAUGUUGAUAGAACCUGGUAGAAGGAAGCCGAGCAGCAUGCUCCUCGUUCGUGUGUGCUCCUCCCUGGGCGAUGCCCAUCUGUGAUUUCGUGACUGUUACUGGUACCAGCCCUUGUGUUCAUAGGUAUUGUCAUGCACGGUCGUUGUGUGGCUUUUGGGGUUUGGUAACUUAUUUUUGUAAGCAAUAAACCUUUUGUACCAUGAA